GCUUCUCAGAAAAGAUCACAACAUUUCAGAAAACAAAAUACAGAUUCGGAUGUGUUAGCGAAAAGGAAUGCGACAUACAUCCAAUUAGCUCAACGACAUUAAUAGGGAGGAGUACAGAAGGAAAUAUUUGUUCCGUGUGUUGUAAGACGGACCAUUGUAAUUUGAAUGCGUGUAGUCAUAAUUCAUCAGGACAAAUGUUCCGUCUAAAAUCGAUGUCUCCUGGAGCUCCAUGUACCGAUACAGACCCUUCGUUGUGUACUACACUUGGUAAAUUUAACACUGAUGCAUGCAAAGAGCCGUCUGUAAUAAAAGCAUGUCCGAAAUCCUGUGUGACUUGUGGUCAUGUUGGAUGGAACUCGUGGCAACCUUGGAGUAGCUGCUCUAAAACAUGUAACACUGGAACAAUGACUAGAUCAAGAGUUUGUAACCGGCGUUUCAGCUUUGUCGGUAAUCAGACCUGUGUUGGAUCAUCUGUUGAAACCAUUGACUGUUCUGUAAAACACUGUCCAGAAAAUGGUAAAUGGUGUUACGAUAGACCAUAUUCCGACUGCAGUACCGAUUAUGACUAUAUACGUGUUUGGGGUUACGACUGCAGUCAUUACAGGCAUAAGACAACGUGUGACUGCCCAAGACCUAAGUAUGGAGGGGUCUGUUUAGAUUAA